UCAAACAACACAACUAUACCUCAUUUCCAAGCUCAUCUUCUUGCUCAUGCUCACCUGAUAUCUCUUCCAAAGAUCUUUGGCCAUGUAUAUGUAAUUGGGGGAGUCUUCUGUUUAAUUUGGAGAACCAAAGAUCAAACUUCAAGUGCUAAAUGCACUUGAUGCAGCUAAGACACAAUUCUAUCACUUUACAGCAAUUAUCGUGACAGGAAUGGGUUUCUUCACGGAUGCCUAUGACCUGUUUUGUAUCUCCCUCGUAACAAAGCUACUUGUCCGCAUAUACUACCUGGUGGACGGUGCACCAAAGCCGGAAACGUUGCCCCCCAAUGUCUCCACCGCAGUUAAUGGCGUAGCCUUCAUCGAAACACUUUUCGGUCAGCUCUUCUUUGGCUGGCUAGGUGACAAGCUCGAGAAAAAGAAAGUCUACGGUAUGGCUCUGCUGCUUAUGGCGAUUUGCUCUGUCGCUUCCGGCCUCUCGUUUGGUCGGGAACCAAAGUCAGUUAUGACACGCUAUGCUUUUUCCGGUGGGUUUGGAAUCUUGGCCGGAGGCAUAUUUGCAACCGUUGUCUCAUCGAUAUUCAAGGCGAAAUUCGAUGCUCCGCCAUUUGAGGUCGAUCCGGUAGGCUCAACUGUUCCAGAAGCAGAUUUUGCGUGGAGAGUAAUUCUUAUGGUUGGGGCUCUUCCCGCUGCACUGACAUACUGUACUGCAGAGAGUUACUCACCACGCAAAAUCUGCUCUUGGAACAGUUGAGCCUACCGGAUGAUCAACCUCAUAUGGUGGAGCAUCGAAUUUCGCCUUGAAUAUCGAUGAGAUAACGAUUGCAAAUAUUCCUCCGGCCAAGAUUCCAAACCCCUACA